AUGAUUGCGAAGAGCGGUCGCGAGGCUGGGCCCAAUCCAGUCAGACAGAUGCUAGCGGCUGCUGUGGGCAACGGGCGUCCUCAGGCGAGCCUCAGAGCGAAGAGCAUCAGCCGCAGCCCGUCGAUUCCUCGGGCAGCAGCGGGCGCGACGGGCAGCCAGUCGAGAGAGGUGCGGCUGAACGAGGGCGCCCCCCAGAUCCCCACGUUCAAGGAGCUGAGGGCAGCGAACGCCCGAGGGCCCCAGGAGACGAAGAGUGCGUACAAGGCCCUCAUCAAGAGCGGAGCACCGCUUCGUGACCAGGGGGCUCUCGUGGACAAGGGCUGCCAGGAUGCCAUCGAGUGGGCCAUCAUUGCUGGGCUCAACUUUGAAGCAGAGGGGCGCGCGGCAGGCGAGCCUCGGGCCUGGCCUCAGAUCGCAUCUCAGGCGCAGCAGGUGGCGCUUGCCAACAUCAGCUGCGCGGCCGCCUACUUCGCGAAGGACGCGCUGGAGCCGCUGAGCGACCUGGACAUCGACAAGCUGAUCAAGUUGAAAGGGAUCGGCUACAGCGGACAGGAGGCUGAGCGCGGGGGGCCACUGGUGAUGGGCGAGCUUCUACCAGGGCUGCCCAAGCCGGGAUUGGCAGGUUCCGUGCAGGCCAUGGAUCUCGCGGCUCCGCAUGUGCAGGAGUGGUUGUUGGACCCCGCGCUGCUCCUCAAGCCUCAGGAUGGAUGGCCAGAGGAGGUUCCGAAGGCCAGCGUGCAAGUGGCAAGCGACGACGAGUGGUACGCCCUGUGCAAGCACUUGGUGGACGCUGGCAUCGUCGAGCCUGUCGAGGACCGGGGGGUCUUCCAGGUCGGGGGGAAGCAGGUCCUCGCGGGGGCCUUUGCAGUUGCGAAGUCGGGGGCCCCAGCGCCGCCCUUCACGAGGGUCACCAGGCUCAUCAUCAACAUGGUGCCGCAGAAUGCCUACCAGCGGAUUGCUGAGACCGACCUGGACACGCUGACCCCCAGCUCGACGUGGGCGUCCAUCGUCGUGCCUGAUGGCCAGGCCUUGUUGUGGUCGUCAGACGACCAGUCGGGGGCGUAUCAUCUGUACGCUCUACCGAAGGCCUGGCGGGGGUACAUGGCGUUGCGCAAACCGGUGCCUGGGUCGCUGGUGGGGCGGCCGCAGCUCAAGUGGGUCAAGAUGGCGGUCGCGGUGAUCCCGAUGGGCUGGCUGUCUGCUGUGAGCUUGUUCCAGCACCUGCAUCGGCGGCUAGGCAUCGGUGAUGGGCCUCACAGCGCGGGGUUUGAGGAAAAGGUAGAGUGGCGGCGUGACCGCCCGCUGCCGCUUGUGCCUCAAGCCAAGGCCCAGGCGUGGGUGCAGUACUACCUCGACGAUUUCGAUUCCCCCGAGAUCGUGCCCGAGAGCGUCGCCACCCUCAUCGAGGGGACCAUCAGCGACUUUCAGGAGCGCCAGCGGAGGGCGUACUCCUCUGCCCGCGUCCCCUGGUCGGACAAGAAGGCGGUGUGUCGGCAGCGUCGCCUCUUCAGGAUGGGCGCCUUCGUGGACGGGGGCGCCGGCCGCGUGGGGGUCACGAUUGACAACCUGAUGAGCGACGGGCAGAUGAUCAUGUGGCUGCUUGCUGGCAAGGAGAAGGUGACCGCCAAGGCCUGCCUCAUGGUGCUUGGGCGGCUUGCCCGAGCGUUCGAGUUUCGCAGGCCGCUCUUCGCGACGCUCAACGAGCAGGGGGGAAGCGCCCUGCAGCAGGUUGUUCGCCUGCCCGAGGGGGCGCGCACCGAGCUGCUGGCCGCCCUGUGCUUGCUGCCGAUGGCGUUCACCAGCAUCCGCGCGACCUUCGACCCCGUCGUCCUCGCCACCGACGCCAGCGAGGAGGGCGGCGGGCUGUGCUACUCGACGGGCCUCACCAAGCAUGGGGCGGAGGUGGCGGGCGCUGACCCUGGUGAGGAGGGGCUCGCCUUCCUGCCACGGGGCGCUAUGUCAUCGGCGGUGCCGCCGGAGCUGCUGCCUCGAGGGGUGCCCUUGCCGACAGUGGCGCUCUUCGAUUUCUUUGGUGGGAUCGGCGGGGCGAUGGUGGCCUUGUCGCGGUGCCGCUGCAGGGUCGUCAUGUACGCUUCCUCGGAGAUAGACAAGGGGGCCAAGAGGUGCGUCAGGCAGCGAUGGCCAGGGGUGAUCGAGCUGGGGGACAUCACCAAACUCGCCCCAGAAUCGUUGGGGAAGGUCGCCCGCUCUGCAGCUGAGGCUGCGAGCUAUGCGAUUGCAGGAGGCGGCUCACCGUGUAUUGACGUGAGCGGGCUCAAUGCAGCUGGCAAGGGGAUCACUGGUGCGAAGAGCAAGCUGUUCUUCGAGCUGCCCGAGGCCUUCAGAACCAUCGAGCGGGUCUUCGGCAAGCAGCGCACCAAGUGGUUCGUCGAGAACGUGGCGAGCAUGCCGCAGGACGACAUUGCGAUGGUCUCCGAGGUGCUUGGCGUCAAGCCGUACCGCAUCGAGGCCAUGGAUGUGGCGGUGGUGCGUAGGCCGCGCCUGUAUUGGCUCUCCUGGCAGUUGCAAGCCCGCGACGAUGUGAUUGAGAUCCAAGAGGCUGAGUUCUACCACAAGGUGAAGCUCCAUGUCGCUGCUGAGGCCGUCCCAGUCUUUGCUGAAGACGGCUGGGGCCUGCUUGAUCCUAGUCACGCGCUGCCGACCUUCGCUAAACUGUGCAAGAGGAACUCUCCCCCAGCCCCGGACGCAGGGAUCAAGACGGCCAGCGACAUCGCGAUCGAACGAUGGACAGCCUCCAGCUAUGUGACGCAGGUGUACAAUUUUGAGGAUCAGAACCUUCUCUGGGACGCGGCCAUGGACAAGUGGCGUAUCCCCACUGCUGAUGAGCGUGAGACGCUGAUGGGCUUUGAUCGAGGGUACACACGCGCUGCUGUGAAGGACUCUUUGCCUGGUGUUGAGGCGGAAAUCAUCAGGUCGUCGCUCAUCGGGAACUCGUUCUCCGUGCAGGUCGUGUCAUACUUGUUUGCGCAGCUCUUGGCUCGAGAGGCUGGCCGUGCGGCCCCCGACAUCGCGCCGCUGCUACGCACGGGGGCGGCGCCGCCAUCGUGGGGCCAGGAGCCCGAGUUUUGGGGCGCCGAGGUUAGCGAUCCUGACCUCGAGAGGCGGCUGGUGUUCAAGUACCUGCGGAUCGCCAGCAGAGGAGGCGCAGACGUCAGACUGGACCUGCAGGCCCCCUUUCGUGCCAAGGCCUGGCCGCGCUCCGGGCUGCAGUCCAACCUGUGGACGUGGCCCAUUGGGCACGGCUUCCCGUGGAGGCAGGAGGCGCACAUCAACGAGCUGGAGGUGGGCGCAGCUGUGAAGAAUGCGGUCAAGUGGCGUGCCCGAACGACAGCUCGAUUCGGGACCCGCUACCUCCACCUCUUCGACUCGCAGGUGGCGGCCAGCGUGCUCGCCAAGGGGCGGUCCAGCGCCAGGGGGCUGUGGGGCUGGAUGCGGGCACGCGCGUCGUGCCUCCUCGCUUGUGGCAGCUACCCGCUGUACGCGUGCGUCGACACGGACGACAACCCAGCGGAUGCCGCGGCAGCGCGGCUCAAGCGGGCCGUGGACGCCAAGCGGCUCAGGCGUAGCAGGCCGCUUCAGGAUGGGCGAGUUGCUGCAAUUUUUGUCAACGAGCAGCAGCUGCGCCCAAAGAGCGUUCGAAAUGUUGACCAAGGCGUUGCCCUGUACACCGAGCACGUAUGGCGCACGGGCGGCUCACUACUUGCAGUGAACAAUGCGCUCGCAGCGGUGCUAUUCGUCAGCCCGUCGCUGUCGGGCAAGUUGAAGCAGAGUUGGAAGCUCCAAAAGACUUGGCUUAAGUUGGAGCCCAACGCCCGUGCCAUGCCGAUGCCGCCGCUGCUCGCCCUCGCCUUUGCAGGGGCCUUCUGCUGGUGGGGCUUGCCGCGGGCGGGCGCCUUGCUCGCCGUCGGCUACGCAGGGAUGCUGCGCAGUGGUGAGAUGCUUCAACUGAGGCGGAAGGACAUUCGCAUUUCUCAGCGGCGGAUGUCAGCAAUCGUGGCGCUCCGCAACACUAAGACGGGGCAGCGAGACGGCAGGCUUGAGCUCGUCAUGAUCCGCUCCAGGGUCGCGGUGAAGCUGCUGGUGCAGCAUGUGCAACAGCUACCGCCAGACGAGCUCAUCCUGAACAUUGAGAGGGGUGAGUUCAUGCGGCUCUUCAGGCGCGUGGUGGUCGCGCUGGGCCUCACCGACGAGAGGGUGACCUUGUAUUCGUUUCGGCGCGGAGGCGCCGCGCAUGACUUCUUGGAGCAUGGCAGCCUCGAGCUGACCCUGCUGAGAGGGAGGUGGGCAAGCGCGCGGUCUGCACGGGUCUACGUGCAGGACGCGGUGGCCGCGCUGGCCGAGCUGCAGCUGUCGGAUCUGCAGCUUGCGGAUGCCCGCGCGCUCGCCUCCCAUGUCUGA